AGUCUGGCGGCAAAACAAACCAAUAUCCAUAAAAAAGAGAGACAGAAAGAAGAAAAGCAGAACAAGAACCAAUAUUCAGCUGUCCUGUCCAUAUUUAUUUAAAUAUUACUAGCACAAGUGCUCUUGUUAUAGACUUGGUUUUGUUUAGCACAAAUUAAGUAUAAACUUGUAUAAUUUUUGGGUAAAAAGUACUGUGUGGUUCUUAAUUUUCAUUUCUUUUCUCUCAUUAUCUGCUCAUAAUGCUUUUUAAAUCAGAAACAAUUACGAAUUCAAAUCAAGCUCAAUUUCAAGCGGUAGACCUAGACAGAGAAAUUAUUAAUUAUAGGGAUUGUUCAAAACGAUUCUACCAAGUAUCACGCAAUUUUUCUAAGCAAUAUGCUCAUAUAUAUUCUGCGAGGUUAAAUACGUUCAGGAAUAUUUUAAUUCCAAUUAUUAAGAAGAAGUGGUCGAAUAAAUAUAAGAUUUUAAAGUUGUGUGAACUACGGGAAAAGAGUACAUUAUGUGUAAUUAUUGGUACGCUUUUCAAACAUCAACAGUUGAAACCAAGCAUAUUGAAAGAGCUUUCCGACCAGCUAGAGAUUAUUCCCCAGCCUACAAGGUUUGCCACCUUUACUUCAUAUCUAAUUAGUGAUUACUAGAAUUUUAUUGUACAGUUAUAGUGUCUAACUAAAAUACCUCUUUGUAGAACUCAUUUUGUCCAUGAAUCUGAUAGUCUUGUUCUAGAAGAUGAGCUUCAAAGGAUUAAAUUAUCUAAUAACUGCAUUGAUGUACAUGAAGUAGUCACUGGUGUUGUUGUUGCUAUCCUUGGUUCAGAAGAUGAGGAUGGGGUAUUUACAAUUAAAGAUGUGUGCUGGCCUGAAUGUAAUAUUCAAAAGCCUCUACCAGAGUUAAGCAGUGAUAGGUGAUUAAAUUUAGCAUUAACUAGCAUAGUAAACAUUCUUUUUUAGCUUUUUUUAGGCUUUCAACAUGAUUUGAACAAAACGUCCCUCAGUGCUACAAGCAAAUCAUUCACUAAAAUAUCAGUGAUGUUAAAUUUAUAUAAAGUCAAUUUAUUUUAUUUCAUUUUAUGUUUUAAGGUUAAUCAACUAAUUAUAAAUGUAUUUUAACACAGUUUUUUUAGCAUAACAUAGCUGAUAUAAAGCAAAGCAGAUAUAUGAUUAGAAUAUAAUUUUCAUGGAUUAUAAUGUGUUUAUUUCAGCUAUAACUAACUAUAUUGUGAUCAAACAUUGAUAAACACUUUUAAAAAAUCUGCAUAAUAUUUAUACAUAGUUAAUUUCAAUUUAAGGUCAAGUUUAUUGCUUUGUGCAUGAAAAUAUGGAAAAUACGUGCUAUAUCGAUUUUUCGCUCUCCCUCCCUAAAACCUCUACUUUAUAAUUUUUAAACCAAAUCGUUAGAGCCGUUUUCAACAACAUUAUUACAAAAAUAAAAAUUCAAAUAUUUGAAGGUUAAAAACACUAUGACAAAUUAAAAAUAUAUUAAAUAUGAUUUUAGUAUCUCAACAGAACACAAUCCAAAAAGGUUUAUUCAACUUCUUUUUGAGAGACUUCAAACCCUGGUUCGUCGACCCAUUGACAGGUUCAUGGUUCAUUUUAUUUACCCACAGAUCAGUAUCACUAGUGAUUAGUUUUAGUUAGUUUAGUUUGCAAGGGGUUAUUUUCUGCAUAUCCACAUCCCAAACGCGUCUCUUGCGAGUGAGCAGGAGUAUUGUAGAUAUUCAAGCCAUGAAAUUUUCUCAAAGAAGUUGAGCCAUUCCUUGAUGUUGCCGACGACCUUAGAGAGCGCCAUCGCACUUAUGUAAAACAAAUGUUUGUUAAAAGAACUAUGUCCAGUAAUAGCACUUGUUGCUAUCCCAAACUGGAGUUUGUUUAGUCGCAUUAGCGACUUGGAUAUACGACCAUUAAUUGCAGUCAAGGCUUCCUUAGCUUGCUUGCUAUCUCUGCUUGGUUUUUCCAGCUAAGCUAAGCGUGUGAUUAGUGUUGUGUUUAUGUUCUAUUUUUUUAUUCGGUCGCUUGAUGUGUUUGGUGUUCCUAUAACAAACUUCACUGGCAAUAAUAAUUUCUUUCAAUAAUGCUCAAAUCUCGUAUACAUAUUUAACACUCGGAUCAACCUUUUAUUUUUUGUUUUUUCGUUAAUACAUGAUAUAAGAUAUGAAUAUGGUAUUGACACCAUAUUCAUAUCACGCGAGGAAGAUAACUGCAAACAUUUCAUAUUGUUAUUUAUCUACACACCAGGAAAAUAAUCUGUUAUAUUGUUCUGCAGAAGGAUAUUAUCUUCUGUUGUCUUUAACGGCUUAAUGAAUUUACACAAACAAGUAAGCGUCAGAAUUGCGAAAACAUGUCAUUUAUAUAUAUUAAAAAUAGAACUGGACUAAGAUGUGACCCCUGGGGAACGCCAGAUAAAUUUUUAGUGUUCAAUUAAUUUAACAUCGUUAACCACUACGUAAUAUUUGCGACCAACCACUAUGUUAAAAUAUAAAUUAUGUAUAGUAUUCUUUUACAUAUGAAUUUCGUUAUAAUUUUUUUGGAUCACCCCUCUUAAAUUGGUCGUCGUUGUGAGGAAUAAAUGUAUGUUAGUUAUCCUUUAACUGUUGUUUAAAUGCUUGAUCUUUGCUUUUGCUUUAUAUUGUUUUCAAUAACAUUAAUGCUUAGAAUAUAAAUAAUUGUUGCAGAUAUGUAGUCCUUAUGUCAGGUCUUAAUAUGGCAUCUAAGUCAGCUGAUCAUUUGUUCUCUUUAAAUUUAUGCCUUGAAUGGUUGUCUGGUUUUUGUGGCACUUCAGAAUACCAAAAAGAUAUUUCCAAGAUUGUAAGGGUGAUUAUUGCAGGUAAAAAUAAACAUUUUAGUCUCCACAUGAGAUAACAACUAACUAGUAAUAAUUUAAAUUGAAAUUAAUAUUUUAGGUGGUGUAUUUGCAAAUCAUUCAAAUGAAAUUACUUUAAAUGAGUCUGAUGUAAUUGCUUCGGCUGAAGUAGUAGACUCUUUUUCUGCAGCUGUAAGUGCAGUAGCACCUUUAGAUUUAAUGCCAGGAUGCAAAGACCCUUCAGGCAUAAUGUUACCCCAAAAACCAUUCCACUAUUGUAAGUUGAGAACAAUAAAUUACUUCCAAAAAAAAGAGUAAAAUUAAUUAGAUGUAAUAUAUUUAUCACUCACAUAUAUUCACUUUUGUUUAAUUGGAAUUUAAUUUAAUAAACAUUUAUAUGUUUAUAGGUCUUUUUCCAAAAGCUGUGGAGUACAAAUCAUUUAAUAGAGUUUCAAAUCCAUACGAAUGCGAAAUUGGUGGUAACUAUUUGUUAUUCAAGAUCCAUUUGCUAUUGUUAUGGUUAAUUUGGCACUUUCACUUAUAUUUUGCUGUCUUUCCUUUAGGUUUCUUAUUUCUAGGGACAUCAGGUGAACCAGUGAGAGACAUAAUGAAGUACAGUAAACUUGAUAAUCAUUUAGAAAUAAUGAAAAAGACAUUAAAAUGGCGUCACAUUGCCCCAACUUGCCCCGAUACUGUGCCUUGCACACCUUGUACAGAAACUGAUCCAUUUACAAUGUACAAUUGUCCUGCUGUGUAUUUCAGUGGUAAUUGUAAAGAAUUUGCUACUGAUCUAUAUAAAGGUUUAUAUCCUAUUUUGAUUAUAAUAUCUUAAAUAUGUUUUAGGUUACCGAAUAUAAAAAUAUUUCCUAUUUUUUCUUUCAGGAGAAGAAGGCCAAAUUGUAAGAAUUGUAUGUGUUCCUGACUUCUGCGAUACGAAAACUAUUGCCAUUGUUAAUUUAAGUAAUUUGGAAUGCCACUGUAUGAUUUUCUCAUAAAUUUGUUAAAUAAAGUGAAUUUUAAUUUGGAUUUAUUAUAUUAGCUUGUUUCAUAUAAUACUCCAAGGGAAGAUUAACAUAAAAAAAUAUACAAAUAUUGAGGGAAAACAAAAGGCGAUCUUAGUAGUACACAGCAAUUUCUUCCACAC